AUCAGUAAAUUCAAGUCCUACUUUUCCAACAGCAGCAAUGCUGGCGGAGAAAAGAAAGCGAAUGCGUCAGCAUUUCGACCAAAGGCUGGACCGCAUUGAUCAAGCACUACAGCAUGCAACAAGAGCGGAUGCCGCUUUUCUGAAAGGAUGUGCGUCACGCUUGUCGAUGCUAUCCACGGAAUAUGAAACAUGGCACACCAACAAUUUGGUUUCUUCUUCCAAUGCACAGUUCGAACAAGAAGAAGAAGAGUACGCCUCUUUCGAGAACCGCCAUUUUGAGCUUUCAUUGGCAAUUGAAAGAAACUUGUCAUCAAGUGUAGUUUCCACACCAACACGCGAUACCAUGCCACACACAAAACUUCCCGAAAUGCGCUUGCCAACUUUUGAUGGAAAGAUGGAAGAUUGGUUACCGUUUCGAGAUGCCUUUCUCAGUCUUAUUGAUCGCAAUAAGAAUUUAGCCGACGUAGACAAGCUACGAUACUUAAAAGGCUCUCUUCAAAAGGAUGCUCUUAACGUAGUAGGAGACAUCGAAAUCACCGACGCAAAUUAUUCUGUUGCCUGGGAAGUAUUGAAAUCGCGAUUCGAAAACAAAAAGCUAGUGGUGAAACGAUAUCUUGAUGGAUUAUUUGCGAUACCACACAUGAAAAAGGAAUCAUACGAAUCACUGAUUUCUUUAAUUGACAGUUUUGAGCGUGGUGUUAAAAUGACGACUAGAAUGGGAGUGGCCACGGAAGGAUGGAGCGUGCUCUUAGCUCACAUGGUCUGCUCUAAAUUAGACCUGGCCACACUUAAACAAUGGGAAAUACAUCAUAGCUCAACCAAUGUUCCCACGUAUGACGAGAUCAUGAAAUUCCUUCGCAGCCAAGCAACUGUUUUGCAAGCCAUGGCUCCAGACAGGAAUCGAACAAGUGAAGCAACAACAGCUGGAGGCAGAAUGAAAACCCGCAACGAAGUGUACAGCGUGGUUAAGCCGGCCACAAAGGUUUGUUCAUUCUGCAAAAGGGCUUCACAUGCUGCGUACCUGUGCGAAGUGUUUCGAAAUGCAUCUGUGGAAAAGCGACACGAGCUAGUGAGGAACGGACAGUUGUGUUUUAACUGUUUGUCGGCGGGUCAUCAGCGAAAGGAUUGUUCGUCCGGAUCUUGCCGUGUAUGUCAGCGAAAUCAUCAUACGAUGCUUCACAAACCGAAUUCUCCAAUUGAUCAGUCGUCAUUAGCAUCAGCGUCAUCACUGCCGUCUACAUCAAAUGCAGAAGCAGCUACACCGGCUUCUAUUGUUCAACAUUGUGCGCGCAACAAUUUCGAAAAAAUAAUCCUGUUACCAACAGCAAUGGUACAAGUAGUGAAUGUUGACGGAACACGUAUCUGGGCUCGAGCUUUACUGGAUGGAGGUUCACAGAUCAACAUUGUUACGGAACGAUUGGUACAGCUGUUGAGAGUCCAGAAGAGGAACGAGCAUCAUCUGCUUGGUGGAAUAGGGAAGGCACAGCAUUCGUCUCAUCAUUCUGUGAGCCUUGCUAUCCACUCUCACUGCUCUACCUUCAAGGCAAGCUGGAAGUUCCAUGUGCUGCGAGAAGUGACGUGGGACCAGCCAGCACAUGCAGUCAAUCCGGAAGGAUUGAACCUACCGAAGGGAGUGACGUUGGCGGAUCCUCAUUUCUAUGAGCCAGGGCCAAUUGAUCUACUUAUUGGGCGAGAAGGUUACAACGAUCUACUUUUGGGUAACAUUCUUCGGUUGAAUAGCCCAAAACUACUACUGCAAAACACGGAGCUGGGUUGGAUUGUCUCAGGUCAGGUAAGCCAAGGUCUAACACACUCUUCCUUAGUGCUCAACGUCAUGACGCUGAAUGACCAACUAAGCCGGUUUUGGGAACUGGAAGGCUGCUACUCCCCUGCGAUGUUAUCCGUCGAGGAAGCUGAGUGUGAGGCAGCAUUUGUACAAACAACUUCACGAGACCACGAAGGCCGUUUCGUGGUAGCCUUACCAACGCGUACUGAAAGGCUUAAUCAACUAGGAGUAUCUCGAUCUAGGACACAUGGAAGAAAUUCCAUCUGACCGCCAUGACAUUGGAAAGACAUAUUACAUGCCGCAUCAUUGUGUAGUACGACCCGACAGCCUCACGACUAAGCUAAGAGUCGUAUUUGAUGCAUCCAGUUCUACUGAUACAGGGGUAUCCCUCAACGAUGCACUGAUGGUGGGACCUUCAGUGCAAGAUGAUCUUUUGUCGUUGUUACUCCGAUUUAGAGUACCCAGAUUUGCGAUUUUGGCUGACAUUGAAAAAAUGUAUCGCCAAAUUUGGGUGAAGGAGUCCGAUCGUCCACUUCAACGCAUCCUGUGGAAAGAAUCUGCUGAUGAUAGAAUUCGCAUCUAUCAGCUGAAAACCGUUACGUACGGCACAGCCUGCGCACCUUACUUGGCCACCCGUUGUCUGCAAGCGUUGGCUAAGGAAGGAGAAACAAGAUAUCCCAGGGCAUCCAAGGUCCUCGAGCAAGAUUUUUACAUGGAUGACAUGAUCACCGGUGUGGAAUCUGUUGAAGAUGGCCGGAUUAUUUGCAGCGAAAUAAAUCAGCUUCUACAAUCGGCAGGAUUUCACCUGCGCAAAUGGGCUUCAAACUCGUCUGAGUUACUGGAGCAAAUACCAGCUGAACUACAAAUCGAGGGAGAUGUUUUGAACAUCGAUCGCAGCACAUCCAUCAAGGCUUUGGGUUUAAGAUGGAUGCCAUCAUCGGACCAGCUAGGGUUUAGUGUGCCUGGUUGGAAGGAAUCAGAAAUCAUCACCAAACGCAUUGCGUUAUCAGACUCAGCUAAGUUGUUCGAUCCUCUUGGACUGUUAGGACCAGUCAUUGUAGUAGCAAAGUGUUUCAGGCAGGAGCUCUGGAAGAACGAAAAUACCUGGGAUGAACCUUUGGAGUCUGAACGGCAACAAUUCUGGUUGCGCUUCAGAGAACAACUCGCUGAUCUGACUAGCUUGACAAUUCCACGACGAGCAAUUGGUGGAACAGUGCGAAUUGAAGCUCACGGAUUUAGUGAUGCUUCCCUACGGGCUUAUGGCGCCUGUAUCUACAUACGAGCAGAAUCGUCCGAUGGCCAAGUCUCAGUACGGUUGUUAUGUGCUAAGUCAAAGGUGGCACCGAUACCUAAUACCAAACGGAAGAAAAACGUGUCCCUUCCACGGCUCGAGUUGUCGGGAGCAUUGUUACUAUCACACUUAUGGCAGAAGGUGAAGCAAGGGGUGAAAUUGGAGCUUAAAAUCAACUUCUGGGUUGAUUCAACGAUAGUUCUUCAUUGGCUUUCAAGCAGUCCUUCCCGUUGGAAACAGUUCGUUGCGAACAGAGUUGCGGAAAUCCAGCACCAAACCUACAAGAUGCCUUGGAGUUAUGUGGCCAGCGAGCACAAUCCAGCUGACAUUAUUUCCAAGGGAAUGAUGCCUUUGCAGCUCAUGGAUUCCCAACUUUGGUGGCAAGGGCCCUCAUGGUUGCAUCUUCCAAGUCAAGCUUGGCCUACGAACAAACCCAAUACUGAAAUUUCCUCGGAAGAUUUGGAAGAGCGAUCGAUUGUAGCCACAUCUCAACAGGUACCGUCAAAUUUUCUAUUCGAUCUUUCUUCAUCUUACGAAAAAUUGGUGCGACUUACGGCAUAUCUGCUGCGGUUCAUGUACAAUUGUCAACCGACACACCGCGGAAAUCUACGAAAGGGGUUUCUAAAAAUAGAUGAAUUAGUGUCAGCGUCUCUAACGCUCGUUCGUCUGGCCCAACAAGAAACCUUUGCUGAGGAGCUUCGGGAUGUUCGUCAAACUGGAGCGGUCAAGCCGAACUCAAAACUGAAAACGCUAACACCUAUUCUGAAAGAGGGUAUCCUACGUGUGGGUGGUCGUUUGCGAAACGCGCCUGUUUCGUAUGAACGCAAACAUCCGAUAAUUUUAGCGUUUUCUCACCCAUUGACCCUACUGAUUGCGCGUUCUUAUCAUCGACAAUAUCUGCAUGCGGGACAACAAGAGCUCAUAUCUAGCCUGCGUGAGAGAUUCUGGCCCCUUCGCGUACGCAACCUGGCACGAAAGGUCGUAUAUGAGUGUGUAAGUUGUUUCCGAUCCAAACCAACAACGGCAGAGCAAAUCAUGGGAGAUUUGCCCAGCGAACGCGUAAACCCAGUUCUCCCAUUCUACAACACUGGUGUGGAUCUGUGUGGUCCAUUAUUCUAUAGACAAACCAACAAGAAGGCUGCUCCAAUCAAAUGCUAUGUUGCUGUUUUCGUCUGUCUUGUGAUCAAAGCAGUACAUGUGGAGCUUAUUGCCGAUUUGUCUACUCCAGCCUUCAUUUCUACAUUGAAGCGUUUCAUAGCUCGUCGCGGUAAACCAUCCGUAAUCCAGUGCGACAACGCCAAAAAUUUCCGGGGAGCUGAUCGAGCGCUCAAGGAGAUGUAUGAGCUGUUCCAGAAACAACAACAUCAGGAUGCUGUUACAACUUACUGCGGAACGGAAGGGAUCACCUUCAACUUCAUCCCUCCGCGGUCACCCCAUUUCGGUGGGAUCUGGGAGGCCGCAGUGAAGUCGCUUAAACGGCAUCUCAAGGCGACGAUAGGAUCCAGUAUCUUGCGGCGAGACGACCUGGAAACUAUCUUAGUUCAAGUGGAGGCUUGUUUGAACUCGCGACCGUUAACUGCACUUUCCAACGAUCCAGAGGACCUGGAAAUUCUGACACCGGGUCAUUUUUUGAUUCAACGGGCGCUUACAUCGGUCCCUGAGCCAUCUUAUGCUGAGAUUCCAGGCAACCGCCUGGACCGCUAUCAACAAUUGCAGGAGUAUGUUCGGCGGAUUUGGAAGCGAUGGAAUCGAGACUACUUGUCUGGUUUGCAUCCGCGUACCCGGUGGACUUCAAGGCGAGACAACGUUCGGGAGGGCACUAUGGUCCUGCUGAAGGAGGACAACCUUCCCCCUCUCAAAUGGCGCUUCGGCCGAGUGCUGAAGAUUUAUCCUGGUGAUGACGGCUUGGUUCGAGUGGUUGAUGUGAAAACGAAGGAUGGAAUUUACAGAAGAGCCAUCACCAAGAUCUGCAUACUGCCCGGACAGAAGGAAGAAAGAGAGGUUUCGUAAUAAGGGUUGAAAGCUACCUUUCAACGGGGGGCGGCUAUGUUGAGUAAUGAAUUUGUACGGUAUAAACAUAUGACCUUCUGUCACUUGAAUUUGUUGCUUGGGAAUUGUAUUGAGGGGACGAAUGAAGGAAACAAGGAAUAAAGAAGGAGUCUAGCGCAAGCGUUCAAUCAGUACAGACGUUCCUCUCUCUACCAGUUGAGAAAUUCAAUAACUAAAACAAUAGCAAAAGCCAACUGUUACUAGUGAAAGGUGCAUAAACUGUGUGGAAAAGGGUACAUGCAAAGAUAAAACAAAUCAUUUCGAAACGAACUUGAUCUUUUCAAAACAACAUGCAGCGAAAGAGAGUGAAAGAGAGUUGUAGAGAGAUAAACAAAUGUAUAAAAAAAGAAGGACAACUUGCACACAAAUACACACACGCAUACAUGGAACGAAAUGGAGGUGUGCACGUUAUCAUAGGAUACAAUCUAAGGCCCAGAGAGGAGAGGGUAGUAUAAUGUGUUAAUGUAUAAUGGUGUCAAUGUGAUUCUGGUACUAGCAGGGAGUUUACAGGAUGUAAGUUAAUUGAUCAAUACCUCAGACAGAGUGUGUCAAAUCCCCCAGAUGUCCAGUAACAGAAACAGAUGGAGAAGAUGGUGUGGUUACAACAAGGAGAGAGCAUGAAGAAUGCAGGACGAGUAUUAAGUAUGAAUAGAGAAAGAGGGGAAAGUGUGAAAGAAAAAAGCCAGCCAAGAGAUGUCAGUUUGUUCGUAUGAGCCAAAUGGUUUUUAAAUGUGGAAACUUUACGUUCAUUGCUUCUGCUGUAUCAUUUAUUUUGUGCCGUUUGUUUGUUUGUUUAAGCAUUUUCAUCUUUCUCCACAGUUUUUGGGUUAAGAAUUUCAAAAACAGUAGUUUUGUUUCCUAUUGCCUUUCGUACAUGUGAUUAUGUCCUCUUCCAUUUUAUUAUAUCAGAACCAUCUGCCCUAAAUGUGCCCUCCUAAAACGGUGAUGUUUUUGUUUAAAUGGUUUUGUAUUAAUUUUCCACUACAAAAAGAGCGUUAUAAUGAUACGGGUUUGUUUGCUUUUGGAUGUAAAAUAGUAGUAAUAGUAACGAGAUUA